CGCACACACACACACACGCACACACACCGCUUCUGGUGCCGCCGCAGAGGGGAUUUUACGCGCGUGCUUGGCGUGUAUAAAUACGCCGGAGUUUCGCGGUACUGAUAAAAACCGUGGAUACUCUGGGAUCGUGUUAAGACGGCGAAAGUACUGCUGUAUACCGCAAGUAAACUUCAACGACCGUCGUAUUAUCCGUCGCAGCUCUCGAUCGCAGCUCGACAUUUUCGCACAUCAGUCGCAGACGCACGAACGACAAUACAAGUCAUCAUGAUGAAACUGGUACGUACCUGUUCCUGUUGUUACGCCGUUCGACGGUGUUUUGUUUUAUAACACGCCUUUUCGAUCAAGUUAAUACGACAGUAAUAUAUUAAAGUACCUAUAAAGCCAACUGUCGGUCUAUCGGCCGUAAUGACUUCGGUUUUCGUUUGGACGCAUAACACCUAAUAGUUGUAUACUUUGCGUAGACCCGUAGUAUUCGUUUGCAUAUCCGAAUUCAUAUUAUUUUAAUCGACCACUCGAUAAUUCAUCAAAAUGCACCGGACUCUUUCACUCGGCUUUCGGUAAUCCGAACCGUUCAUAAAAUUGUGUCGUCUGUUAUUGCCGUAUCGUCAAGUCGAGUUUCCUUCUCAUCCACUCGAUAGUUCACAGUUUUUCCCGGGUUCUUUCGACUUUGAAUUGUCUAUAAAAUCGACUUUGAUGUAUUAUUAUCUAGUAUGACGUAAUUUAAAAUCGCACAUUUUUUUCAAUACAUUACUUUUUUUGUUCGUUUUAUUAUUUAUUAAAAAGCGUAAUUACAAUUUGUUCAUAGUAUGUGUACAACAAGUCAUUUUUUUGAUAGUAUAAGUAAUGGUACUUAACAGUAUGGAAAGGUACUCAAUAGUACCGCCCGACAAUAUAUUAGUUACUUUGAAAAUAAUUCAACACUUAAAAAUAAUGUUUUUUUUUUUUCUUGAUUUUGAUAACUAAGUAACAUUAACAUAUCAAUUGGUGACUUCAGGUGGUAACCACUGUAUUACUUCUUUUGAGUUAAAUUAAAAAUAUUGUUCUUAAAUAUAUAUAUAUAUAUAUAUAAAUAUGCAUGCAUAAAUAAAUCAUACAUUUCACGAAUUUGGUUUUUUUACGGUGACAACUUUAUUCUCUCCAUAAUGCAGCAACUAGACAAAAUUCGAUAACAGAAACCAUCCGUAAAUUCGAUAAUCGAGGCGAGAUUUCUGGUAGGAAAAUUAUUAAACCGUUACAUUCGUCGUUUCGCUCAGAAACUAAAACGUACCUUUCCCGUAUAAUAUCGGUCCUAGUACAAAUUACCGUUCUUAUUAUAUUAUAUUAUAUUGAAUUAUAAUAGUAACGAGACAGGAUAAAUGUAUGAUAUUUAUUUAAUCUCUUAGACAAUCGCUGUAGUAAGCUGUAUGUUGGUCAGCCUGGCCAGCUGUCAACAACCCACCACACCAAUUCCGAUUGUCCGGUAUGAAAACGAUGGCGUCAACUUCGAUGGAUCGUACAAAUGGGCGUAAGUACAUAAUAGUAAUAUUUUUGAAAUACAAAAUGUGUAUACCCUUAAGGAAAUGUGAGUUGCUCCUUCCCUUUUCUCGUCGCGAUCGCAUUAUAAAACCAUGAGUAUCGGUUACAAAAUCCCCGUGUCUUAGAUUUCAAAAUCAAACUCAAUAACCCCACUCGCACGCACGACUACAGUUUUCGAUAAAAAGUAUGUUUCGUCAUCCGCAAUCGUAUAACAAACGCGUAAAACCGACGCAACUUUAUAUAGACAGGUACGGUUGUGUACGUUUCGUCCGAAAAAAAUUCCAUUUUCUUCUGAUUCAUUUUUAUAUUCAAGAUUUUCACGGGCUCGCCUUAAAAUAAAAUAUAAACGCCAAAAUCCGGUGGCAAACAAACGCGCCACGAUCCGAGUUUGAAUUAUUAUCACCGCACUGAAGUCGUGACGUCAACCGUUACGUGCAGUCAUCACGUGUCACUAUAAGACAAUGCGUUUUGUUUUCUCUAUGGCGCUCCGACAAUUAUUAUUAUAGGUACCAACGCGCAUAACGUAAUAAUAAUAAUUAUUAUUAUUAUUGUUAUUCACGAUAACAAUAAAAUUGGAUUUUUAAAAAUAUCACGAGCAGAAGUACCUACGAGCGAAACCGGUUUUACGCCUUUAUAUAUAUAUGUAUACACGCAAAUCUGUGCAUACGCAUUCGCAUAGCGUUUGUACAUCCUCCUUGGCCUAACCGCGUUAACGACUCUUUGGCCUCUGACCCGGCGGCGGCAACGGCAUACCGAGAUGACCGCGGUAACCCGGCGACGAGCGAUGACACAACUCCCGACGAGACGACACUCAUUAACAACAAUAUUACCGUGUCGUCGGUACGUACGCGAACACCCAAUGGGUUACCCACUCGUAUUUACCGCGGCAUAAUGAAAGUCAUCGCGGUUAACGAACGAACGGCGCGAUUAUUAUUUUUCCACUGCCCAACCCGCCCCGUCAUCAGAUAGCCGAAUAAUAUUAUUACCACGCAUACGCGCGCGGCGGCAAUGUAUUUCACUACCGUCACUUAUAAAAAAAAAAAAAAAAAAGACGAUGUAAAAACCGUCGGAAAACAAAAAAAGACGACGACGACGGUGUAACGACGUCCGUAACGGGCACACGGCGAACAUCACGACCGCCGCACCGCGAUGUCAACGGUCAGCAACAACUGGGUCAUCGCGUUACCGGCGGCGCCUUUUACCGUAUACGCCAACGGAUCGGUUCGGUAUUAGAGGUUGGGUUCGUCGUAUCAUUUGUGUCGCGUCGCUAACUUCGAAACCUUUAUUUUUUUUUUAUUUCUUUUCUCGUACAACCGUCUCCUCCGCACGCGGUUUCGCGUUCGCGAUCUAGUCGGCCUCAAUCUCUUUCGAGGCCUACCCAAACCGACAUCUGUGGCCGGUUCACAGCGAUCAGAAAAAAAAAAACACGAAUUUUUCGAUGCUUGAAAAACCUCCGAUUGUUAAGUGGUUAUUCGUUUUUCGUUCACGUUUCGGGUUUGUACAUUCGCCGUUUCAAAUAUUAAAUAAACCGUAGUUAAUUUCGAUAUAUUUCCAUUCGUCCAUUGGCCAAUCGGUCGACGACAGAAAAAUCCUAUGAAUCGAUACAAUUCGGACAAUUCGGACAAUUCGCAAGUCUCGACAAUAUUUACCGAUCAAAUUCAUAGACACUCGGAAAAGGAUGCCCAUUUUAUUGUUGUUUGCAUCCCCGUUUAUGGUUAGGUAUUGGUUAGAACUGAUGAUGCAUUUUCGUUUGCGCUUCAAAAUCAACUAGAAAAUUUAAUCGCUUAAUAAUUAUUACGCUAGUCUACAAUUUAAAUGCACAAAACUGCGAUAUGUUCAUAAUAAUAAUAAUAAUAAGAGCAGAGUAAUUGGUUUUUAUUCAAAGUUCGCCAUUAUAUUAAUGAUAAUAUGUGUUCAAUUUUAUUAUUAUUAUUUUUUUUUUUUUUCGAGAACAGUUUCUCUAAAUCGACUUAAAAAUCCAUUAUCGAAAUCGCCCAAGUUUUCCGAAACUCAACAAACAGUUAUUUUAUUGAACAUCAACGGCCGGCGCAUCGGAUAGGCAAUUUAAGCCCACUAAUGUAUCCAAAUAUCGUUUUACGCGAUUUGUUCGAAAUUUGUUCAUCACGUAAACGUAAGGUUCCUAAAUUUCUGGAAAAAACUUAUAUUCCACCUAAACGUUUCGUGGAACAUUACAUUUUGUUAAACAAUACAAAGAAACAUGAAUAAUUUGUUUUUAAAUUUAAAACUGUAAUGUGAACGAUCUUACUUGUAACUUUAAACAAAUUAUUGUUAACAGUAAAUUGAAAUCAUAUACGCAUCUAACAAAAGGUCUUGACAGUUCCAAUCAAUAUUAACUAUAGAUGUAAUGAUGAUUAACUAUACACGGCGUAAGGCUACAUUGAAUACAAAAUUUAAAGUUUAAAAUGAUAUCAAUAUUACAAUAUACGUCAGUAUUAUAACUUACUAAAAAAAAAAAAAAAUUAGAUAAAUAUUUAACUAAAAAACUUUUUUUCCUAAAUUUUUAAGUGGUGUGCAAUGUUUCAUACUCAUAACCCUAUGUAAAAACAAUUUUCGGUACAACACUGUACAGAAAAUAUUAAAAUUUGAAUGUUUUUCAAAACUGAAACGAUGCAGAUUAAACGGUUUUAUUCGAUUGUUCGUCGUUCCCUUAAUUGGAUUUUAUAGGCAAAUGUUAUUAUUUGAAAUUUUGUAUUAUUAUUAUUUGGAUUUGCGAUUCGGUUUUUACAUGGUUAAUAUAAAUUUAUUUGAUGAAAUAAAACCAAUUGAAAACCUGUGGUUUUGUUAAUUAAUGUCUUUUAUUAAAUCUACACGAAAUACUUGAUACCUUUCAAUCGGAAAAAUAAAAAUACCCACAAUUAAUAUAGCAAACUUUGCUUGCGCCGACAUACUUUACGUUUGCUCUGUUCGUUCGGUAAAGUGGUUUUAAAAAAAAUUAAGGACAACGUCAAAUGUUACUCGGGGUUUUUACUUGUGCAUUUAACACUACACAUUUCAAUAAAAAAUGGAACGAUUACUUAAAUUAUGAUCAUUUUCUUCUUAUUUUUUUUUCCUCCGUAGAAAUUAAUUUUACAGUAGAAACGGUCGCUUUUCAAUUUCAAGCAUACAAACAUUUCAAACGUUUCCGGCCCGCAAAUGUACUCCAAGACAAUAAUAUUGUAAUUCAAUAAUAAAAUGAGCCGGGAAAUGACGGGGCGUAUGAAUAGCAGAAUGGAGGGCGGGCAAUGGGCCAGCUAAAAUGUUUGACUAGAUACCGCGGUAGUACGAAUUUUUCGAAAAUUAUCCAAAUGCAGAUUUACCGGUUGAAAAAAGGUCAACAUUCUAGAAAAUACGAAAAUUCGGAAUAACUGGAAAAUCGAAUUAAACUUUUUGAAAAUUUCACAUUUUGCCAUUCGACGGAAAUUUUCUGAACUGAGAAUCGGUUUUAGUUACUUGAAAAACCCAAUUUUCGGUUCUCUCGUUGAGAAACGGUAACCGAUUUUAUGUCCGGGAUUUAAGUAAUGAAAUUAUCACACGUGGAAUUCAUUUUACUAUAACAUUUUUGUCGCACAAAAACCUAAGGAAGUUUAUUCGAUUCGCGAUAGUUUUGAACACGAUUUUAUUCGACUUUCUCGAACGAAUAAUAAUAUAAUAUGUAUUAUCAAUAACGUUGAAUCAUUUUCUCUGUUACGUGAACAUAAAUCGCAAACAUAACGAAAACAAUAAUUACGUUUCAAUUCUCGAAUAAUUUUAACGGAUUUCGGGUAAAUGUCAUCGCGUGUUAAUUAUUUUGUUUCUUACGCAACAAAUCAAUCGGUACACGCGUAUUAUGUAAAAUGCGAAUUCUGAUAUACUGUUACAUGCCUACGUUUCCGUAAAUAAAAAUCGUCAACAAUACGUUCGGCCAUUUUCUAUACGUAAUGCGUGCGAUUCAGUUCCAUAUUUUCAUACCAACACAGUUUUUUUUAAAUUUAAUUACAAUGCACGUGACCAUCCGUUCUGCGCAAUUUUUCCUGCCACGUAGUAUCGAACGGAAAAAAAUCAAAAAGUAUAAAAUCCCGACUCUUCCCGUACAACUGUCACAGUUAACCGUGUUAUCGUUCGAAAAUCCGUUUUCUUUUUACGGGCACUUCUUCGCCCGCGACAAAUAAAUUAACUGAUAACGGUUGUUUUUUUGUUGUUUUUUUUAUCCGUUUCGUCAAAGUAACCCAUAAUCGACAAAAACAAUUCGAUUUUCUUACCAAUAACCGACUCCGCUUUAGACUCUAAUUACGAGGAGGGGAAGGGGAAAACAAAUUGGUCUAUGUGUGUCAUUCCAGGUUUAGAACUGCCACCCGAAAAAACUUUAGAAUAUUAAAUAAGAUUUUUUUUUUUUUUUAUGGAAGGGUACUUUUGCGUUUCACAAAAUAUCUCAACGUUUCGCAUUUUUUUUUUCUGCGAGAUUAUUUCGUUUUUUAAAAUGACAAAAAUAACAACGCACACGUUGACCGCUGACCAACCGUGUUGGUUUCAGUGGAGAAGCCCCGAAAUUAUGGGUAUUCGCUAUCCCCGAGCCCGUAACAAAACGAUAUUUCGACUUUCACUCUUCGGGGGAAAAAAAAAAUAAUAAUAAUAAGCAACGCACAAUACUCGCAUCUGACGGCGGCGGUCUAACGAUAUAACCAAACGUUCAAUGAGUAUUUAUUUUUUCUCAAAUCCCCCCCCCUACCGACGAAAACUUGUAACAACCGGCCGAUGUAAAAACACUUACUGUGUGCGUCGUCAAGAUCGAAAAUAUCGAAUAUGAUUAAAAGGUAAUUAAAAGUCGACAACAACGAGUCGAGAGGAAAGGAGUCAGGGGAGGGUGAAGGGGCGACAAGACGGACGGCCGGUCGCGGACGGAUUGUGUGAGCCACGCGUGAUUAUUGUAAACGGAAAAAAAAAAUAAUAAUAAUAAUAACAGUAAUCACUGGAAGUACCGAGGUGACGACACCGCCGCCGAAACUCGUCCGGACUAAUAAUAAUAGUAACGAAUAUUAUCGCAAUAAUAACAAUAUUUUAUUUAGGUCUCCCGUCGUCGUCGGCGUACGGUUACCGCGGUCCGUCACGCCGCCCGUCUAUGCGCGCGCACGGUAAUCAGCGAUAAUAAGCCGAAGGAGGACGGGACGACGAAGGUUCGGUUUUUAUGCCGGAUCACGGGCUAUAACAAUCUUACUUAACCGCUCUCCGCCCUCCGACCAACCCCCCCUCCCCCCCGGGCGUCGCGCGUUACACAAUGUUUUUAUUAUUAUCACGUGUUAUAUACGACGACGGCGAUAAUAAUGGUGCGAAAGAAAAAAAAAAAAUAAUAAAUAAUAACCGUAUAAUAAAUACAUUACGACUUGUAACAUGUGCGAGCGAGCGCGUGUGUGUGAACCGUGGUCCGGCAACAAUGUAACAUGACAACAAUAUUGUUACGAGGACGAGAAAGUCUCCGGGGCCGUUUGACCCGCGCCGUUUGACCCGCGCGCGAACGCCGCCGCCGCCGCAGUUCACCGCUCGUCAACGGCAUAAUUUCCGCGAACACCGCGCACGAUCGCCGGACACCGCUCCCCCGCGCUGACGGGGAAUAAGGGGGAUCGCAGUGAUAGCUUAUCACGAAUAUUCGUGGAUCCGCGGUCACGCGAAUCAUACGACCGACACGAUAUACACCGUAUGUGUGUGUGUGUGUGUGUGUGUGUACGAGCCGACCGUCCGCCGGCCGGUUACGGACGACGACAACCCACGAACCUACACGGUGUACCUCGGGAAUUGUUGGCUUUUUUUUUUUUUUUUGUUACUUACAGUGUUCUCAAACGCCGCCCUUAUUAUUUUCGAGCUCGAAACGCCGUUCGAUUUGAAUCACGGAACAUCAUUUGCGUUACGCUUUUGUUAACGUUCCGCGACCCCAUAUCCGAACUUUAUAGCGAAAUAUCUCGUCAACGGGUUGACGGAAAUCGAACAUUUCAACGCCGGAAUCCACUUGAACCGAUACUACAUCCGCUCGUGGAAUUUGUAUUAUAGGUUGCCGUCCGAAAAUCUAAAGCAGACGGUCGUUUCACUCCCGGAAAUAAGAGCGAUGAAAACAUAACGGUAACGGAACAUUCGAGAACCGCUUGUUUCUUAGAUUUUCGAAAAAAAAUUCGAAAAGUGAUGAUUAUUCGAUAACGGUCGUCCGUUGAAAUAUUACCGACCGCGCGCGCAAAAAAAAACUAGACGAAUACAUGUCGGGAAAAAGAAAACGGCCACCGUCGGUGUUCGCGUACAUGUGCCCGUCCGUCGAAAAACGACGCCUCGGGCCCUGAUCCGGGCUCCCUGAAUGUCGCGGGCCCGAUCGGUACGCCACUGGCCGCACAGCCGUCGAACGGGAUUCGCGUUCGCGCACUGCGCGGCGGCGUUGGCGGACGAUAAUAUACGGGAGCCGUACGCGAACGCGGUCGGACGGAGACCGUUUCGUAACCAAUAAUAAUUCUCUCUGUCCGAAGAAAAUAUUAUUAUUAUCCCGCGACAGCGCCGCCGCCGGCAAUGUCCGUCGUGUGCGUGGCCGUCAACCGCAACACUGUCGCCGUGUACGGGUAACCGCCCGUCGACCGGUCCUCGGUUUUUCGGAGACGCGUGUACGUAAAAAUAGAAUUGAACGAAAUAAACGUGUUCCGUAAUCGUUUAAUCCCGACGAAUAAUCCGUCUUGGUUUUUACCGCGACCGGUACAGAAGCCCCCGGAACGGGUCGCAGUCUCUAUUAUGGGUACGCACGCGAUCAGAUAAACAACUCUAAAAUGUACCGGACGGUUAAUACCGCGCGUCGUAAUUUAACGAAUUAUACCGUAGUGAAAUACAAUAAAUUAAGGACCGCAGAUUUCUAUGUACUCGUGUGGUAUUAUAAACGUAUGAAAUCCGCCGCCGGUUCGGAACGUCGAUGUUUAUCCCGGACGCCGUGACACGUGCAAUAAUUAAAAAUUACGACGAUAUUCGAAUAGUAUUACGUGUCAUCAACGUGUAAUAUUCGGCUACGGCCCGCCGCACAAAAUAAAAUCGUACGAUUUCGAGAGCACGCCGGCCGUUAACGUUUACCUAUUGUAUUGAUUUCGAAUUGAAUAGUACGUUCAUUUUUGUCGUCACCACAACAAUAAUGAUACGCUCUCGAGAAUAUUUAACAAAUAGCUGCCCCCCGUCCCUAAGUUGCCCCUCGACUACCCGUUUCCACCCCCGAUCCUGAUUUAUAUUUUAGAAAGCUUACUUACAUUUCGCGCCCUAUACAACCGCAUCUAAAUAAUAACUACUGGGUUUUCCAUCUAGUAAUUUCGCCUGUAAAUCAACGAGUAUAACGAGUUUUACACUUCCAAAUAAUAACCCGACUUCGGGGCGCACGAGGACAGUGACAUUUGCACAUGGCGGAAAGUUAGGGGGGGUUAUAAAUCUCGUUCACUCUCCCUCUAUUGGCUCAAAAAUUCGAAACCUACUAGUAUAUUUAUUUAGUAACAGUUUAUAAUAUUUCAACUAUAUUCAUUAUUAUAUUUCGGCCAAGUUACGAGGAAAAAAGCUCGAUUUGUUAAAUAAAAAUCAUUUUUUUUUAGAUAUAAAUUAUUCUCAUUGUCGGUUGAGGUAUAAAAAAAAAAAAUGAAAAUGAUGUGGUUUCUUCGUGAAUCGUGAUAUUUAUUAUUUGCUAUACAUAUUUCCUCUCAUUGAAAAUUCUUAGUCACGCCACUGCACACGCAAGGGACUUCGUCCGUUCAUCCGCUUCUGUUUUUUUGAUUUCUACACGCUAUAAAUUCGACUGUGGAUCGCCCACGGACAAACAAACGCGUCUUUUUAUUCUGUUUCAGAAGAUUGCAUAGGUAAACGACAGUUGUAAGUACCUACACACCUAUGUUAUGACUGCCGUACGUUUGCCGGGAAGUGUUAUGCAUUAAACUCGAGGCGUGUCACUGUGUAUAUUAUUUCACGCGCGGGAGAGAUUGCACUAAUCAUUGUGAUGUUGCAUACGAAUGGGUUUAAUUCCGCUGACCUCAAAAAAAUAAAAAAUAAAUAUAUUAAUAAAAUAGGCACAAAUCGGGCACUCGUUCUUUUCGGCGUACUAUUAUAAUGUAUGAGUGGUAUCUCUUUUAGACGCACAGACGCUCUGGUCGUCGCAGUCGGUUCGGCCACCCACUUUGAUUGAGGCCAUUGUUACACCGCGUACCCAACAACAAUAAUGAUGUAACGAAAUACCGGUAAACGGUAUAAUACAGAAUAAUAUAAUAAUACUGCUUCCAGCACGUAACACGUAAUAACAUACCUCCGGAAAUUAUAAUACUCUCGCUUAUAUUUAAUAUGAAUGUAUUAAAAGCAUUCCUGUUGAAGUUGUUGCGUCAAUGCGCGUAUGCGUGUGCGUGUAUGUGUGUUGAACCGUAUAGUCCGACUGAAGGUUGUGGUGCUAGGUUUCUGAAUGGACGGUAUUAUAAUAUUAUCGUAAAUAACCGUAUCUACCCGUACAAAACAGUAAUAAAAAUACACCAAUAAAACACUAUUACGACGAUUGAUGUACGAAAUAUAAUAAUUAAUAAUAUUCCCCCCCCCUAACCCCCGUAUAAAGUCAACGGUAUUGUUAUUUGUUUCCGAAAACGUACUCGAAACGAACGGAUUAGCGAUUUUAAUACUUCUAAACUUCAAAAUUCUAACAUAACAGUAUACGGAAGGUAACGGGGGAGGAAUAAGGAUAGCGAUCCAUUUCUUUUCAAUUUCGAGGCAAUGAUGACGGUACAAUUCGAAAGUGCUUUGAAACUAUAAUAUUCUAACGUUGUCGAAUGUAAAGUCCCAUUCGGCGCGAAAAAGUCUCGGUUGGAUAAUAUUGGAUGUACUGGUUAAAUAAUAACGUAUGGUCCGUACGUCUGUGAAUAAUUCGUUCUCCACUGCAGAGGGUUUUCCAAAACGGGACAUGCUGUUACGCCUCAGAAAAGAUAAUUUUUUUUUCUCCAGUUUGUUGGAUAUUAGAAAAAUCAAAACAAAUUAUUGAUUCAAAUAUUUAAAAUAUUAAAACGUUACUGUCCACUCGAGUUUCUCACUGUGAGGCCCACUAACAGUUUGGUACCUAAAAUAAACAAAAUUAAAAAAUAUUUACAAAUUAAAACAUUAAAUUAUCUUAAGGCGCACAUUGACAAUAUCAUCUGCAUAGCGUUUAAGGUUCUAGGUUUUAUUAAAAGAAUAAUAAGUGAGUUCAAACUCUCCUACUCUCUUGAAUCACUUUUCUGUUCUUUUGUCAGGCUUAUUGUUAAAUAUGGCCAACUGCGGACGCUUGCAAACAACUCGAGCGUGUCCAGCGCUGAUUUCUUGAUUUUAUAAAAUAUACUUUUAAUAAUAAUUGUAUAUUUAUGUACUUCACGACUACACCCCCGUCCACCGUUUUCUAAAUCUCACGAACAGCCGAUCGUCGUCACCGUCAUAAUAAAUCUUUUCUCCGAAAACUUCUCUCGGGCUCAAUUGACUGUCCUUCCCACUUUGAACUUUUAAAUUUUAAGGUACCAACUCGAACCACCUAGAAUUAUACAUUUUUUACCACAUUACCCAACCAAUUAUUUGAGAAACGAGCCUCUCACCAAGAUGAUGCGUAUAGCCAAUAAUGACCCGUCAUUACUUCAUUGGGUUAUUUCUGUUUUAAAUUUUUGUAUAUAUCCUACCUUAUCAUUAUUUCUUACCCCAACUACUUAUUAACCUUUAGUUGUGACUUAGUCUUAAGCUAAUACUGAACGUUUUUGUUGUUGUGUAUCAUGAUGGAUUUUGUUAUGAAAUUUUUGUAAAUAAGGCUCCAGUCCCAUUAUCUUAAUGAAUAAAUAAAACAGUAAAUUAUAUCCAUCGUAAGAUAAUCUGACUUAGCGUCUCACUUCAAUCAGUUUAACUUAAAAGUCAUUCGUUUGGCUAUGAUUAUAGUCUUAUCGUAAUGCCUGCGUAAGAACCGUAUAGAACAUUUAUGAAUUUAACAACGUUAGUAAAUCGUACAUAAUAUUAAUGCAUUGUAUAUUAAAAAUGCGUUCGACAGAUACGAAACUGGCAACGGUAUCCAGGCGCAAGAAACCGGAUACGUGCAGCCGGCCCAAGAUCCCAGCCAAUCGGCUCUGAACGUGGAGGGCGGUUACUCGUACACCGCUCCGGACGGCACGCCGAUCAGUCUGACGUACGUCGCCGGUCCGCAGGGAUUCGUGCCCGUCGGCAGCCAUUUGCCGACCCCGCCGCCAUUACCGCCAGCGAUCGCCAAGCUCCUCCAGUUCCUCGCCACCCAACCGACCACACCGGAACCGAUCUACCCCAAAAAGAAGUGAAAACCCCGUCCGACCAUGAAUCCGCAUAACCAUAUCGUUCCCUAUAUGUCCAUCACCCACGCACUUGAUCGUCCGUCCGAAAGGCAAUUAAUUUAAUGAGUACGAUAUAUUUCGUUCACAACGCUCCCGAUCAAAUUAAUUAAGAUUUCAUUAUUAUUAUUUAAUUUUUUUUUUUUUUCAUAUACAUUUUUUUGUUAACCUGUACUGCUUUCAUUAUUAUAAUAUUAUGUAGUAUUUUUUUAUUUUCCAUUUUUAUUUAAAUUCUUUAUAUAUAUAUAUAUAUGUAUGUAUGUAUUUUAUUGGAAACUGUGUUUUGUUGUUUGUUAUGUACCCUUCUGUUAUCUAUUACUCUAUACAUUAAUCAUGACGAAAAUGUCUUGUGUACGUAAUAAUAAUUUAUACGAACGAACGGCCGAUUUUCUACCGCAAGCCGAUAAUAAUAUCGCGCUAUAUUUGUCGGUUUUACGUAUUUUUCUGCAAUCUUAUUUGUAUUGAUUAAUCAUAUUUAUAUAUUAUACUAUACUGUUCUAUAAUAUUUUUUUGGUUUGUUUUUUUUUUUCUUGUUUUUUAAUACAUUUUUACUAUCAGAA